AGCACAAGCCCUCUGUGCCCAAGAGCCCAAGAGACAACUCGGAAACCUAAUUCCUUAUCUCUCCACAGCCGCAUGGAGAGAUCUUCUACUUCACCAAACCGACUCAUCUCUCCACAGCCUCUUCUUCUCCUUCACCAAAAUCGUUUCCCUCACUUCACCCACCUUUCUUUCUACCAUGUAAUUUGCUGUAUUUUUUGUGGUGAUCUGUUUAAGAGGUUGAGAGGUUUGCUGCAAAGCCGAGGGGAAACCGAGAGAGAAACAAAUGAAGAACACUUGGUGAGCAAGCAGAAAGCAAAGGAAAUGAGAGAAUGUUCUUGGGAGUUCGGUACAAGAACAGUCCUAAGGAAAAACCGUUUUAUACUAAAUUGGGGAGAAGAAGAAACUACCAAGAACCAGCCACAGAAAGAGCACUUUGUGUCUAGAAACACUUAUCAAGGUGUUGGGAAUGAUUCAUUAUGAUAGAUCUUGAGUUUUGGGAUGAUUUUGUGGUGGUUAGUGCUUGGUAGGUGGCUGUCAUGAAAAAUACAGCACCAUUGUUGCCGGCGCUUCUCCUUUCAAAUGCAUUAGCUUAGGCAUGGUUCAACAAGUAAAAUUAGGGAUUGAGGGAUGAAGAUCUUACUGCGGCAAGGAUUCGAUCGAAUUGAAACUUUGCAAGAGACUUAAUUCCAGAACCUGAGAUAACAUCUCAUUUUCGUGCAAGCACUAAUUUUUUUGUUUCAAAGUGUAUUAUUUCAGCACUUUUUGUAGGUGUAAUUGAUAUGAGAGUAUAUUUCAGAAUGUAUUUUUAAUUAUUUGAGAGUUUAUAAUGAUGAAAGAGAAGGUUUGAUGAGAUAAUGAUUUUUAUCGUGGCUGAAAAUGCUAUUGGUUGUGUCUUAUGGUAAUUGUUGUAUUUUUCUUA